AAACUAAAACAUUUGUAGAAGACGACAAAUUAAACAAAAUUCAAGCAGACAGUAGUUAAAUGUUCGAUAAAAAAUAAAAAUAUGCGUUAAAAAUAUUUACUGACAAAGUACCGAACACUAACUUAACCGCUACGAAACGCAGCACUUUUAUCCACGGUGACAGAUAGUUUCCUCUCGGUUCAUGUUUGCUUUAACCACUUAUGAUAUUUCAGGCACCAUUUGAAGCUGCCAUGUUGUGUGACGUUUACCGAGAAAACGAAACUUACUGCGAGUGAGGCUAAACCGAAAUUGAGCCCAGACAUAAAGAAGACGUGGAAGCAGAUUUAAGAUGAAAACGGAAAAGAUAUAGUUUGUAUUCAGUUAUUUGCACUUUGUAAUGUAAGUUGACGUCGCGGCUGUUGUGUCGUUUGUAAUGGACGUAGCUAAACUGAACGAGUAUGCACAGAAAGAGCGCUUGGCGCUGAAGUAUGAGGACGUUGGAUGUGUUGGCCCUGCUCACAUGAAAACAUUUACUGUGAGAGCAGUCGUGAAUGGUAACACGUAUCCUGAUGGUGUGGGGAAGAACAAGAAGGAAGCCAAACAGAACGCAGCUAAAAAUGCCCUGAGAGGCUUGUUUGGGGAACCAGACGACUCUGUGAAAGUGUGUAAAAGUCCAGAGCCUGGAGAGGAGAAACACAGCGGCGUAUCAAGCAAACAAGAGGAGGAGUUGAGCCAAAACGUGUCAGACAUCUGUGAUAAGACAAAGAGCUUGAGUGUGAUAACUUCAGAUGAAGGUUUUGCAGAAACAAAUUUUAUAGGACUUAUCAACAGCUACUGUCAGAGAAACAAUCUCCCUCAUGACUACAUUUUAGAGAAAAGAUGUGGUCCACCUCAUAACCCUCAAUUUUUCUACAAAUUAGUGAUCAACAAUAAGGACUACCCUGUGGGUGAGGGCAAGAAUGUCAAGGAAGCCAAACAAAAUGCGGCUCAGUUGGCCUUGUGUGCUCUGCGACAACAGAAAGACUGGGACAGCAAGGGAUCUUCUUGCCCAGCUGAUGACAGUGCACCAGCAAGGCUGUCCAUGCCACCAAACACACCGGGAUCUCAUGAUGCAAAAUCAAAAAAGGUGCCAGCGACCACAAGUGACUCAGUUGUUCCCACAAGUUCAUCAAAUCCUCCCAAGGAUCAGAUUCAGAGUCCUGAUGUGAAGCCCAGAAGAAGAAUUGCAGCAAAUUUCCAAAAUGCCCACAAAAAGAGUAAAGAGAAUAUUGCUGAUUUCAAUGGCAAGAAAACAGGAAAUAGUCCAAGUAAGAAAACAACAACCCAGACAGUAAGCUCAAGGUUUACAGCAGAGUUUGACUCCAUAGUGUGCCUCGGCAAAGGAGCCUUUGGUCGAGUUUACAAGGCAAAACAAAAACUGCUGAAGAAAGAUUACGCUAUAAAGAUUGUCCGAUGCAAAGAGAUCAAAAAAGCUCUACGAGAGGCAAUGGCAUUAUCAGACCUCCAUCACCGUAACAUUGUUCGAUACUACACAUGUUGGUUGGAGGAUUCAGAAUACCAAUGGGACACUGUAGACGACAGUGGCAGCACUUCACAGUCGACUGGUAACACACCGGUAAAUUACCUCUAUAUUCAGAUGGAGUUGUGCGACACCAAAACACUCAGAGUGUGGAUAGACGAAAAGAAUAUUCUGAAUGUGAAGAAAUCUCUGCGAGACUCUAAGAGAAGAGAUGAAAGUCUAAGCAUUGUUCAGGAAAUAGUCAGUGCAGUGGAGUACUUUCACUCCAAGAUGCUCAUCCACAGAGACCUGAAGCCUGCCAACAUCAUGUUUGGGCAAGAAGGAGAAGUGAAGAUCGGAGACUUUGGUCUGGUCACCAAUGAGAACGAUGACGAUGCUGAGAACGUGAUUGAGAGAACCGUGUACAAAGGAACUCCAUCUUACAUGGCUCCUGAGCAAAAAAGCAAAAACACUUACGACCGAAAAGUGGACAUAUUUGCUCUGGGGUUGAUAUAUUUUGAACUCCUUUGGAACACUGGCCUUGAAAGGAAAGCGGUUUGGGAUGAUGCCAGAAACCAGAAAUUUCCUCAAGUAUUUCUACAAUAUUUUUCCCUGGAGAGCCAAAUCAUAAAGUCAAUGCUGUGUGCGAAGCCAGAUGACCGCCCUGAAGCAAGUAAAGUAAAGACGGACUUGGAAGAGUGCGCUAGUACACUAACAAAGCUUAAAGAUAUGCGUCGCGACAAUAGGACUUUCUGAUUAUGACAUGGAAAAAACAACAGGCAAAAGCAUCAGUCAUCACAAGCAUGCCUAUUUAUUCAGCCUCAUAUUCCAUAGUAAUUCUACUUGCAAGUGUCUGAUUGCUAAGAGGACUGUCUCUUUUAAUAAUUCAUGAACUGAUGAGACAAAAUGUAACAUCAUUAUGUAGUAUUGAUAGGACAAUGCACAUAACCAGAGACUGCAAUAAUGUUCACUUUCCACAAAUAAUCAUGUCCUGAGUAAAUACUUUGACGGCUGGUAUUAAAAUAAUGUGUUACAUGCUGGAAAUGUUUUUAAACUGACGUCACAUUUCAUCCUUUGUUUUGUAAUGAAAGAGCUGAACUCGAAAAUAAAACACUUUUGGUGA